GGUUACCUCGAGCUAAAUACCCGCGAAUCCACCCAGACAUGCGCGAAAACGCCCUCGACGAUGCUCGACGCGGCUCCGGGGCACGGUGAUUGCACCGGGGUCUCGGGAAAGGAGAAAGCGCCCGCCGGCAUCCACUCAGUGCCGAGCGGAGUUGAAGCAGGCUAUAUAGCUGGACUAGUUUAAGGGUCAAACAAACGGCUUGUCGUCGCCUCGUUCUCCCUCAGCAACCCCUUCUCAUCAUCGCCAGCGACGACAAUGGGCUCCAACAAACCUCGCGGAUUGCAGGCAGCGCGAAAGCUCAGGACCGACCGACGGGACAACCGAUGGGCCGAUAAAGGCUACAAGAAGCGUGCCUUGGGCAACGUUUACAAGACCUCCCCCACUGGAGGCUCUUCACAUGCCAAGGGCAUUGUGCUCGAAAAAGUUGGCGUCGAAGCCAAGCAACCCAACUCUGCCAUCCGAAAGUGUGUGCGAGUCCAACUCAUCAAGAACGGCAAGAAGGUCACUGCUUUCGUCCCCAAUGACGGUUGCCUAAACUUUGUCGAUGAGAACGACGAAGUCCUCAUCUCCGGUUUCGGUCGUAGCGGCAAGGCCAAGGGUGAUAUUCCCGGUGUGCGAUUCAAGAUCGUCAAGGUGUCCGGUGUCGGUCUCCUUGCGCUCUGGAAAGAAAAGAAGGAGAAGCCUCGAUCAUAAACUGUUCGAACUACCAUAUCCCGCUUCUGUAUCAUAUCAUUGAGCACGCACCAAUCAAACAUUCAGCUCACCAACGCUUUCGAGGUUGCCUUUGCGUCGCUAUGAAUUAUGGGGACGUCAUUCCCCAGCCAUGUUGUAGUGUUCCAUCUCUAUGCACAAUAUGACCCAUGCUUUCCUCCGAU